AUGAAGUUCGGACGCAAUUUGCCCCGCAACAUGGUCCCCGAGUGGAGCUCUUCCUAUAUCCGCUACAAGGCCCUGAAAAAGCUCAUUAAGGCCGCAGCGGAGAAUGUGAAGGCGGGACAGGAGGCAGACCUUGCAGGGUUCUUCUACUCCCUCGAUCGAAAUCUCGAGGAUGUCGAUUACUUUUACAACAAGAAAUACGCCGAUUUCUCUCGCCGUUUGAAGUUGCUAGAGGACCGAUAUGGACAGUCUUUGGAUGGUGGUCAGCGACUAGAUUCUGAGGACGUCGAGGACCUCCUGGCCGCCUUGCUGGAACUGCGCGGUCAGCUGCGUAAAUUGCAGUGGUACGGCGAGGUCAACCGUCGUGGAUUUCUCAAAAUCACUAAGAAACUCGACAAGAAAGUUGGUGCGCAGGCGCAGCAGAAGUACUUGGAGACCAAGGUGGACCCCGCGCCGUUCGCUUCGAAUUCCCGGGUUACCGAGGCGCUGAAGAAGAUCAACGACCGUUUGUCUAUUUUGGGUGAGCAGAAGAUCAACGAUGAUGCCAGUUCCACGCGGUCCUCCCUGUCGUUGAAGAAGGGCCCAGCGCGCCCGAAUUUGAACCUACCUGCGAGCAUGCUUCUGACCGUCGACGAGGCGCUGCGCAAGGAUGACACUCAUGUACUCCUGGAGUUGCUUGAAACUUUGAAAGCGGCGGCAGAUGACUCGGGAGAAGAUGUGUACCCUAAGGUUCUCAACAGCUUGCUUCAGCGCUCCAUCUUCUACCGUUCGAAGAGCUGCAUCUCGGUGCUCUUGGGUCGCAUGGACACCCUGGACGAAGACGAUGACAUUAACAAGCGCAAUUGUAUUCAUCGGCUGGUAAUCUCGAUUGGUCGGGCCCAGUCCACCUCAGACUCAGAGCCGUCCGCCUCCCUGGUCCUGGACUUCCCUCUGGAAACAUCGAACUAUAUCACUCCUGCGGCCCUGCCAACCCUGCAGCCUCCUCGGUCGGUGGUGAUGGAGGCGGAUCUUCCCAGUCAUUUGGACAGAUCCGAUCCUUCGGUGACGCUUCUGCAGCAUCUCCUGGACCAGCUCCAGCCCAACCAGCGAGAUGCCCUUAUCGCGAAGGACAUCGCGGGACGUACCCCGCUGCACUACGCUGCGCAGUAUGGAUUCAAGGUCGUCUGCGAAGUGAUUAUCGAACAUCUGCAGGCCUGGGACCUCUUUGAUGUCACCGAGGGCAUUGAUAGCCCGCGCUGGCAGGACAACGAUGGGUGGGCUCCGUUGCACUUGAGUGUUGUCGGGGGUCAUCCUUUGACGACCCAGACCCUUCUUGAGUCGGAGAACUGGCACGGUGCGAACAAGGACAAGGCGAAGAUUCGCAAACAGGUCUCGCGGUCCAGCGCGGUGCUGGCCUUGGCCACCAAAGCCAACUUUGUUGAUAUUGUUCGGCUCUUGGUCGAGGCCGGUGUAGACAUCAACUAUCAGGAUGAACAGGGUGAAACCGCGUUGCAUGUCGCAGCCCGCUUCGGCCAUGAUCAAUGCGCCAAGAUCUUGCUCGAUGGUAACGACGAGCAAAAGGCGGAUACCGAACUUGCCGAAAACACGUAUUCCUGGACUCCUUUGUUUAUUGCUUGUGUCGAUGGGUCGUUGGGCGUGACAGAGCUUCUCAUCGAGGCCGGCGCUAAUCUGGAAAGAUGCGACUCUUCUGGAUGGACCGCGAAGGAGCAUGCAUCUCUGAGAGGCCAUCUUGAUAUCGCUCGGUGUCUCGCCAAGGUCACUCCCCCGCCUGAGAUUGCCGAAGCGGAACCUGUGAUACCUGUACCUGUUCUGUCCUCCGAGCCUCCCUCUCCUCCUCCUUCGUCACUUGCCGAGAGGAGGUCCAAUGGCCCUGGAGCCAGUUCUCUUCGGAAUGCGGAGCCUAUCAAGACCUUUGGGCACCGGUAUCUCACCGAUGAGUCCAUGAUCUUGGUCAGCUUGGGAACUAUGGACAUGCGGACACAUACGGAGGCUGUCAAUCUCGACCGUAUUCCCAUGGAAAAUGCGCAUUCCACUCAACUCGACACUGCCCUGUCUCUGGUUGUUUCUGCCAGCGGGGCUCAUGGAGAGCCGGAAGUGAUCGAUCUUCCUGUUCAGGACAAUAUCUCCACCGAACCCAUCGUCUUCCAUGCGGCCGAUGCCACCAAAGUGAGGCUUCUCUUUGAUCUCAUUCCCACGUACGCUGGCUCGAAAGACAAGGUCGUCGGGCGUGGUGUGGCCUUGCUUUCUAGCAUCAAGCCUACGGUGGGAUCGCACCGCAUCAACCUCAAGGGCGACUCCACGGUUCCCAUCGUAGCGGCCAACACCCUCGAGGUCAUUGGCUCGGUGACCUUCAACUUCCUCAUCAUCACGCCUUUCAAGCACCCCAACAUGACCAUCACGGGAGACCAGACGUACUGGAAGAGUAUGAGCUCGACGAUGGUGAUCGGACACCGCGGUCUUGGCAAGAACAUGGCCAGCCGCAAUUCGCUGCAGCUGGGCGAGAACACCAUCCAAUCGUUCAUCGCUGCCGCGAACUUGGGGGCUUCCUACGUCGAGUUCGAUGUCCAGCUCACCAAGGACCAUGUUCCCGUCAUUUACCACGAUUUUCUCGUUAGCGAGACCGGCAUUGAUGCCCCCGUCCACACCCUUACCCUGGAGCAGUUCCUGCAGCUGGGUGAUAAAGGUCCCUCGCGCCGACAGGGUUCUCCGUCUCGAGCACCGGACAGUUUUGGAGAAAACAUCAGCACUGCUUUCCGUCAGCGGUCGAUGUCUGUCGGUGGGUCGGAGUAUGACCCCUCGGAGCUGAACGAGAAGAUCAAGCAUACCCGGGAUUUCAAAAAGAAGGGUUUUAAGGGCAACAGUCGCGGUAACCACAUCCAAGCCCCAUUUGCCACCUUGGAGGAGUUGUUCCAGAAGCUGCCCAAGUCGGUGGGAUUUAAUAUUGAACUGAAAUAUCCUAUGCUCCACGAGAGCGAGGAGGAGGAGAUGGACACGUAUGCAGUGGAGCUGAACUCGUUUGUGGACACGAUUCUCACCCAGGUCUAUGACAUGGGCCAAGGUCGUAACAUGAUUUUUUCCAGCUUCAACCCGGAUAUUUGCUUGUUGAUCUCUUUCAAGCAGCCGUCCAUCCCGGUCCUCUUCUUGACGGACUCUGGUGCUUCGCCUGUUGGUGAUAUCCGUGCCAGCAGUCUGCAGGAGGCGAUUCGUUUCGCGUCUCGGUGGAACCUACUGGGCGUUGUCUCGCAGGCCGAAGCUUUGGUGCUUUGCCCGCGUUUGGUGCGGGUUGUGAAGGAGUCUGGUCUGGUUUGCGUGUCGUAUGGCGCCAUUAACAAUGAUCCAGAGAGCGUUAAGCUCCAAGUGGCGGAGGGAAUUGACGCUGUUAUCGUGGACUCGGUUCUCGCCAUCCGGAAGGGUCUCACCGAGCAUCAGAGCAAGGGGGACACGCCGGGCGUUUCGCCGCAGCCCAGUCCUCUGACCAGAGCGGCAUCCGGUGCUCUCAAGGAGUCGAUCAACAUUCCGGUGUUAAACCAGACCGAGCAGAAAGACGAUCAUCUUCAUGUGAAGCCCGAGGCCAUUACAUCUAACCCUCGGUGA